AUGUUGGCGUUGGAAUGGUACCCUCACACGCCGGGCACCUGGCUUCUUCUGAUUUUGCAACCAAUCGAACUUAGGAAGGAGGGCUUGCAGAUUGGCUUGCAGAAGGCAGUUCUAGCAUUGACGGGCCAGGCUUGUUCUUUCACCACGAUCCGUACGGUUUUGGGUGGAAUCGUUCUUGAUUUUUUUGCGUUUCUGACGGCCUGGGUAUCAACAGCCACCAUUAGCCGCCAUCGCGCUUUGGGAUCGGAAUGGCUGGAAUGCGAGCGGCCUCGGGAGCCCACAAAAAAGAGGUCCGUAGCUUAA